GAGCCCUCUGAAUGCAUUAUGUCCACUGUCAACACAUCACACUUUGAAAUCACCACUUUCUUCUUGGUGGGGAUGCCAGGGCUAGAAUAUGCACACAUCUGGAUCUCUAUCCCCAUCUGCAGCAUGUAUCUUAUUGCUAUUCUGGGAAAUUGUACUAUCCUUUCUAUUAUCAAGACAGAGCCCUCCUUGCAUGAGCCCAUGUACUAUUUCCUUUCCAUGUUGGCUAUGUCUGACUUGGGUUUGUCUUUAUCUUCUCUGCCAACCAUGUUGAGGAUCUUCCUGCUCAAUGCUCCUGAAAUUUCUGCCAAUGCCUGCUUUGCCCAGGAAUUCUUCAUCCAUGGGUUCACAGCACUUGAGUCCUCAGUCCUCCUGAUCAUGUCAUUUGACCGCUUCCUAGCCAUCCACAACCCUCUGAGAUACAGCUCCAUCCUUACAACUGUCAGAGUUGCCCAAAUAGGAAUGGUACUCUCCUUCAAGAGCAUACUCCUGGUUCUUCCCUUCCCCUUCACGUUGAGAAGUUUAAGAUAUUGUAAGAAAAGUCAAUUAUCCCAUUCCUACUGUCUACACCAAGAUGUCAUGAAGUUGGCCUGCUCUGACAACCAAAUUGAUGUCAUCUAUGGCUUUUUGGGGGCACUCUGCCUUAUGGUAGACUUUAUGCUCAUUGCUGUGUCUUACAUCCUGAUCCUCAAGACUGUGCUGGGAAUUGCAUCCCAAAAGGAGCAGCUCAAGGCCCUCAAUACUUGUGUUUCGCACAUAUGUGCUGUGAUCAUCUUCUAUCUGCCCAUCAUCAACCUGGCCAUUGUCCAUCGCUUUGCCCGGCAUGUCUCUCCCCUCGCUAAUGUUCUCAUGGCAAAUGUUCUCUUUCUUGUACCUCCACUGAUGAACCCAAUUGUUUAUUGUGUGAAAACUAGACAGAUUAGAGUGAGAAUUGGAGCAAAAUUGUGUCAGAAGCAGAUAUAACAGUCACGUAGCAUAUAAAACAUAAUGGGAG